UUUUGAAAUUCACUACUGAUUUAUUAUAUGUUUUGCCAAAAGGUAUUUGAAUGAACACUGCAUCUUCGACUAAAAUAUGAAUGAUAGAAACUAAACAAAAAUUGAACCAAGAAUUAAUAUGAUUUGAACGAGUCUGUUUUUUUAUAAUAUGCUUAUUCCAAUUCUAUUUCGUGUUACAAGUUUGUGCUUGGUCAAAUCAUUUAUUAUUUUAUUUCUUUAAAUAGUAUAAUAAUAUCAGACCAUAUCAUUUCAAGAUUGGUCAUGAUCUGCAUGACUUUGUUUCUAACUAAUUAAAGAGAAGAUAAAUGAAAAUUUCGAAACUUCAACUUUGAGAGAGUCCAUUGCGUCUCAUUUUCUCAUUGUGUUAUUGUGUAAACACACAUGCUUGAGUGCGUAAUUAUGCAUCCCCAUGCAAAUAAAGUUAUAUAUAUAAUUUAUACUAUUUACACUAUAUAUUACUAUUAGUUUAUUAUUAUGGGUAUUAGGUUGUAAAUGUGUUUGCAUGUGUGAAAUGACUUAGCAAGACUGCUGGCGACGAACUUUAUUAGUUAGAAACAACAGAUAAUCAUUUAAAGAUAGCUAAAAAGAAAAGGUUCACAUAUGCCCUUUAAAUUUCUUUUUUUCUUGAAAAAGGGCAUGCAUGCCCUUUAAAUUUCACUUUUAGUGAUUUCUUAAUUAAGGUUUUGUACGCAAAUAUAGCUAAGACGUGUUUGGAUAUAAGUAAAUUGCUUUGUGUUGUCAGAUGUAAACGGUAAUUCUUCUUGCUUUGAACUUAUGCUUAUCUAUUGGAGAUAUAAAUGUAGCAAAGACAAAUAGUUUUGAUAACUAACAAAUAAAUCAAAUGUUAAUUGAGACUUACACUUAUAAUUAGGGAUUCAAAACUUCUUGAUCACUAACAAAUAAAUCGAAGAUUCGUGAAAGUUCUUUUUGCAAAAGAAGCUAAGAAUCGAAACAUCAUGCAUGUAGCUCAUACCGGAUUAGAUAGAGGUGGUUUUUGGAACCAGUUUUUCCAGUUUUUUAGCAGCUAAAACUUGAUCUUAUUGUAUGGAUAGUUUGACAAAAAAAAUCAAAAGUGAUUUUAGAAUGAGAAGUGGCUCUCAAGUAAUAUAAUUAUACAUUUGAAAAAUUAAUUUGACUUUUAAAAUAAAAUAGGUUCUUGUUCAUGCCUUGAAGUUCAAUAACAUCUACAAGAAAAUAGUAGUGGUCCCAAAUAUAGAAGACUCGAUACAUAUAUGAAGUUGAGAAGACUUGAAUGAUAAAUGAACUUGAUUUGAUUUGAGAACCGUAUCCACAUAGUCAUUGGACUAGGCAGAGAAAACAAAUGUAGAAGUCACCUCUAUAGGAGGACUCCACAACCAAAGGUUUGACUUCUUCUUCGGAAUCACAAAGCCAAAACGAUAAUCUGGAAAGGUAAAUAGACAGCAGCACAAAACGAUAAUACCGAGUCUGCUGCCGACCAUUAACCUUAAUAUUUUUCAAAAUAAAAUUGGUUAAUAUAAUGUCCAGACAGGUCGUUAAUAAUGUAAUAAAAUUACCCAAAAAGUAUUAUUAAGAAAAUGAAAAAACUUUUAUUGACACGGAAAAAUAGAGACUUUUCUCAGAAGAGAAACAUAGUAAAAAAACCUGUCCAAAGAUUUGGCCUUUUGUCACUGUUUCUCUUCUUUCUACUUCGUCCCCACGACAUGAGAUUCUUCUCUCUCUAGGCCUCUCUCUCUAUAUAAUCUGAAUCUUCUUGUCUUUCUUCUUUCACAAUCUCUCAACUUAUAAGAGCUUAAGUUCUUGAUUCCUCAUGGAUUCCUGUGACAAGAUCUUAUGGAUCCUUGAAUGAUGUAAUCUUUGCUUUCUCUCCAUCCCGACCCGGAUCCGUAACCAGCUCUCAGACCCGGUUUGUUACCAUUAUUAAACCCCCAUUGAAAUUAAACUUCUUUUUUUUCCCUUUCUCCUCUUGAUCAUUCCGUGUUGACCUUCCUCUUCUUUUGGUCUUCGCUCCAAGUUUCUGUAGAUACUUGAAGAACUUUCUCAAAGUCUCGAUCUUUUGAUUCAGAAGAUUGGGAUAAAGUCAUCAGCUUUGGUACUAACCAAUGGCGAGCAAGUCCGGGCAGAGAGUUCGGUUGGUGAAAUGCCCCAAGUGCUUAAAGAUUCUACAGGAAGACGAAGAUGUUCCUGUUUAUCAAUGCGGUGGUUGCUCAGCCAUUCUCCAAGCCAAAAGACGGAGCACUGCUCCAAAAACUGCACCAAGUGCAGGAGAAGCAGAGAGGGCUCAAGCAAGUGAGUCUUCAAACACUGCACCAAGUGCAGGAGAAACAAAAGGGGCUCAAGCUAGUGAGCUUCCAAGCACUCCACCAAGUGCAGGAGAAGCAGAGAGGGAUCAAGCCAGUGAGUCUCCAAACGCUGCAACAAGUGGAGGAGAAGCAGAAGGGGUUCAAGCCAGUGAGUCUCCAAACGCUGCACCAAGUGCAGGAGAAGCAGAAGGGGCUCAAGCCAGUGAGCAUCUAAACACUGCAACAAGUGGAGGAGAAGCAGAAGGGGUACAAGCCAGUGAGUCUCCAAACGCUGCACCAAGUGAAGGAGAAGCAGAAGGGGCGCAAGCCAGUGAGCAUCUAAACACUGCAACAAGUGCAGGAGAAGCAGAGGGGGGUCAAGCCAGUGAGCCGCCAAGCGAGCCUGAAACCAACAAUGUGUCCAGCAGCUCAGGGCAGGACACGGUUCUUGCUUCACCCUCAGGCCAAGAAGAUGAGAAGGAUCAGGAUGGAUCCAUGGAGUCCACUGAGAAGCAGCUUGAUGGCUUAGAGUUAUCUCAAGGAGAGGAGAGGAAUGAAAUCCAACUGCGCGAACUCUCACUUGGUGAUUCUGACAAGAAUGAAGAAGAAGACAACUCCAGCAGGUUGAAGUCUGAUAUGAAAUCCGUGGCUGGGACUAGCUCAGGAAGCUUGAAUGAUGAUCCUGUGAUGGAAGCAAGAAGAACUAGUGAUUCGUCUAGUGAUGCUUUCCACAAGCUUGAAGCUGAAAUCUCUCCUGAUGCUUCUCCAAUUGAAGAGGAGCAACAAGACCAAGAAGAUCAUCUUUUUCAACCUCACAGGGACUCAACAGAUGAUCUUCCUGCAAACAAGACUUCUUCUGCAUAUGAUGGGAGCAAGUCUUCCUCCGACGAAAGAGAAGACCAAGAAGAAAACCAACAAUGGAAUGCUCUUCAGAACAUAAGAUACCCUCAAACUUUCAAGGAGCAAGGUGGAAGUUCCUCAUCUACUUUCUCUGACAAGAGGCCAAGUGGGACUACCACACACAAGGAACGGCAUCAGUACAAGUCUCUGCAACUUGAGGGGCCAGGAGGACGUCUUGGAAGACAAGGGAGGAGACACGUCUCAGAACAACUUCGACCAGACGUGCCUUUAUAUCCGAGAGAACCAUACGCACGUCUAAGCCCUUCUUCAUAUCCAUCACACGAUGUGUUUGAUCGCUAUUCCCGUGCACACUCGCUUCAAAUGCCUCCUCCAUACGAGGGUGUUGACCAUAUGUAUCACAACAACAACACAAGGGCAAGAGAACGGGGACAAGGGAGUAGGUUCUCAGGAGAGAUGACGAACCAUCCCGGUUGGUAUUCAAGUCAGAUGUAUAGCUCUUACAGCUCAUACUCCGCGAGUCCACAGAGACUAAUGGAACAACAACCUGAGUAUUAUCCGAGAUGGAGCCAUGAGAUAGUCUCUGAUGCUGAGGAUCAUCAGCGUACUAGACAUGAGGCCCGUCUUCGUCGACAACAGCCUGUGGCCAAGCGUCAUAUCCGUCCAACGGCCGGUGGGGCCCCUUUCGUUAGCUGUUACAGCUGCUCAGCAAACCUACAGCUUCCUGUAGACUUUCUCAUUUUCAAGAGGAAGUAUCAUCUCCUCAGAUGCGGCACUUGCACCACUGUUCUCAGAUUCUCGCUUCAGUCCAGAACUCAUUUAGUUCCUGCAGUAACACAUGACAUAAACGCUAACAGGAGUAGCAAUCCCGAAAACCCGAGCUCCUCUGCUGCUCAGGAAGAGGAAGAGGAAGAGGAGAUACCUGUGGCUAGAGGCUCACCGCUUCAUCGGCUAAUGGGAUAUUCUACUGUAAGCCAAGUCUUUAAAGCUUCUCAGCGUCCUCCUUCUGUGUAAGAUCUCUCUGCUUCUUCUGAUCAAGCAACGAGAAGCUAUUGCAUUUUUCUAGAUCGAUAGUUUUGCCAUUCGUUUUAUCAUUCUUUGUCUCACAUGUUUAUAGGUAAAAAAGAUUUGUUUCUGCACUUCUGUUUUAAGGUUAGAGAAAACCACAACACUUGUGCAAAAUUAUACACAAAAGAUAUAUGUUGUAUAUACAGUCAUCUAGCAUAUGUUUGUAACAAUAUUGAAUUCAGCAUUAUUCCUAGUU